AGCCACAAUCUUGGGCAAGCCACACCUGGCUGGCAACCUAUAUAAUUACCAGCACGACUCCCCGACGCUGGUUCGAAUUCUUCUCCUCGCAAACCCCUUCUUCCAGAUUUACCCCCCUCCCCCAACUUCCCCGCUCCCAAUCCCUGACCUCUUACUGUGCUUCUCACGCAAUGGGUUACUUUGAGGAGUAUGACCUGGACUCGCGCUUCAAGUCGGUAUUUACCAGUUGGCAUCCAGGGAAAGAGGACGGUUAUUACCACAUCGUUAUAGACUGGGACCAGCGUCGCACCAUCUCGGUCUACACCCCUGAGGGGCAACAUGACGAGGAAUUUAUCUUUGAGGCCCUCGAGGAGUUCAUGGACGAUCUUCCACCAUAUAUCGCCCGUAUCGCCGUUUCGAAUGACCUCGAACUACUCUCUACAGCCUCCGACCGCGAUAUGACCAAAAUUCCCUUCUACCCUUCGCCGGCUGACUUUUCGCCUAAACUCCAGGUCCCCAAGGUUUACCGCUCGCAGAUGACCGAGAUCGAGAGACUUGGACUUCAAGUAGACCAUACAACGUAUGAACCCACCCCUGGCGAGACGAGGCAUGUUGUCUUCAAGUACUACACCAACGAGGGCAAUGUCUCCAUGUUUUGGCGCGAAGUCAACUGUACUCUGAGGAUUCCCAGCCAUCCAAACAUUGUUCCCUUGGACCGCCUUGUUAUUGAUUCGGUAACUGCGAGUGGCCCUGAAAUGGUUGUUGGCUUUACAACCCCCUUUAUCGCAGGAGGCACCAUUGCGGAUAACGUGAGCCGUAUCUUCAGACUCGAGCAUCUUAGGCAACUCACAACGGCCAUUGACUACCUCAACCUCAGCCUGGGAGUCGCUCACGGUGACAUUUCUAUAUGGAACCUCCUGAUCGACCCGGAGACCGACCGUCUUAAGCUCUUCGAUUUCAAUCUGUGUGCUAAGUUUGGCCAUGAGGAGAAUCGAAACGACGUCAAGCUCGCCAUCAUCACCGUCUUUGAGAUCAUUACGCGUGACCAUAGGUUUCGCGAGGAGGAUUAUUACGCCGACGAGCUCGCAGUCUCUACCGCACUUCAGAUGGAGGACUGGGAGCAGCAUCCCGACGUCCGACUCGAGGAGGGCGUCACCGUCUCCGAGUACCGACGCGUCCUUGACGAUUGGGUUCAAAGUCGGAAGCAGGGAGGCAACAAGGAGCUCCAGGGCAGCGAGCAGGCGCCCGCGCCCGGGGCUAUUGACUGGCCUCCAAUGCCUGAGUUUUCGCCUGUAGAUUGCUCAGGGACCAUGCUGCGGCGUCCAGGGCAACCGCGCCGGGAUAUGAUCAAGCGGGGCGAGCCUUUUAUCAAAUGGCAACGCCCACCGACCAGUCACCUUCCACUUCCAGCGGGCAAACGUCUCCUUGCCACCGGCGAGGUGGUUGAUGACAUACCUCAAGCCACGCCGUGACUUGCUGCUCAAGCACAUUUCCAGCGGAGUCAGUGACUGUGCCGUGUAACG